AUGGAGGUGGUGGAGGUGGUGGAGGUGGAGUACUUCGACUCCCUGCACGACUACUACCAGCUCUACUUAUUAUCCACCAUCUUCGACCUCAACUUCGUGUACCACUUCUACGAGCUCGACCUAUUAUCCUCCUCCACCUCCGUCCUCCUGGUCCUCCUCCACUUCGAUUUACACGCACACUCCGCCUUCGUCGACUUCAACCUCCUGCUCUACGUCAACUUCUAUCUAUACACCACCCCCACCACCUCCGUCCUCAUCGUCGUCCUCCACUUCGAUUUACACGCCUCCUCCUCCACCUCCGUCUUCGUCGACUUCAACCUCUUGCACUACAUCAACUUCAAUCUAUACACCACCCCCACCACCCCCACCACCCCCGAGUUCGUCGUCGAGCUCUUCACUGAGUUCUUCUACCACACCUCCACCGUCCUCGACUUCGACGUCGUGCACAACGUCGACUACGUCUUCUUCGUCGUCUACGACCUCAAUCUAUACACCGCCUCCGCCGCCCCCGACUUCAACUUCAUGUACGACGAGCUCCACAACUACUCCACCGCCGCCGCCGUCCACAUAUUCUCACCCGCCUCCUCCGACGUGGAACACAACAUCUCACUCGCACCCUCCACCGCCUCCUCCAUCGUCAACUCCCUCGACUACAACGCUUCCUCCGCCUCCUCCACCACCAUCGUCAACCUCAUGGACGACGAGCUCUACGAGUCUUCCACCGCCACCGCCGCCCCCGACUUCAACUUCAUGUACGACGAGCUCCACAACUGUCCCACCGCCGCCGCCGCCGUCCACCCAUUCUCACUCGCCUCCUCCGGCAUGGAACACCACAUCUCACUCGCACCCUCCCCCACCCCCGACGUCAACCCCUUGCACUACCAGCUCGACAACUGUUCCCCCCCCAUCAACUUCUACUCCAUGUACUACCUCAACUCCCGUCACUUCAAAGACGACUAUCACCUACACUACCAUUUCGACACUCACGACAUGCAUCCCGCUACUCCUCCGGCACUCACCACUACAAUCUGGGUUCCUCCUCCGUACACGCAUACCACUGACAUCAGCACUUUCACGACAACAACUUACAUCGUGACUAAGCCGUGUGCUGCUUGUGCUCCGGAGACGAGCUACUAUACCACCACAACUUGUGUCACAAACACCCCGGUGCCGCCAACUUACACUGUGCCCACUGUUGUGACUAGCAGUGUUACGGUGAUUGUUCCUCCAGCAGUGUCUACCAGCGUCACAGUUGGUGUCCCCCCAGCGUCAAGUACUGUAGUAACAGUCUCUACCCCUUCAACCAAUGUGACUGUUCCUACUGCUCCAGCUACUACUCCUUCUACUACUGCACCACCACUUUCUACUGGUGCUGCGGGUAUUAAUAGGCCCAACAUGAUUGGCUUCGUCGCCGUCGUUGCUGGUCUGAUCGUUCUUGCUUAA